AUGUCAAUUCCCCGCGACCAGCUCAAAUUCCGCGCCCCUCCUUCGAUGCAGCUGAGCGAUGGCUCCGCGACGUCCAUGACAGCGCCGCCACAGCCCGUCUCCAGCAACGUUUCCCCUUCCGAGCGUGCAAACGCUCGAUUCGCAGUCACCGGUAACGCCAUCAUCACCGGUGGCGCCGGAGACAUUGGCUCCGUUGCCUGCAGAGCUCUGCUGGAGCACGGCCUUCAAGGCCUCGCCAUCUUCGACUUGCACCCAGACGCCGGUAACAAGACCGUCGCCAGCCUCCAGGCCGAGUUCCCUGAAGCCAAAAUAACGUUCACCAGAGUGGACGUGACAGACGGCGAUGCGGUGGCUCAAGCCGUUGCUGAGGCAGAGCGAGACGUCGGUCCCAUCAGCACCUGUCUCUGCUUCGCCGGUAUCGCCUUCGCCACCCACGCUCUCGAGAUAACUCCGCAGCAAUGGCGUACUAUGCUGGAGGUGAAUACUACAGGUGCCUUCCUCUGCGCCCAAGCCGUCGCGAAGUCCAUGGUGAGCAGGGGAACCGGCGGGGUUAUCAUUCUGAUGGCGAGCAUUUCAGCCCAUAUUACCAACUUUCCGCAGCCGCAGGUUCAUUACAACGCCGCCAAAGCUGCAAUUCUGUCUAUCAAGAAGUCCCUAGCGGCGGAGUGGGCGAGAUACGGGAUCAGAGUCAACAGCAUCAGCCCCGGCUACAUGGAUACUAUUCUCAACGAGGGAGAAGGCCUCGAGGAGCAUAGACAGGCUUGGAGGCAGAGAAACCCUUAUGGUCGUAUGGGGAAGCCGGAGGAGCUGACUGGGGCUGUCAUUCUGCUGGCUAGCAAGGCUGGGAACUACAUCACCGGAGCCGACAUUCUGGUCGAUGGCGGGAUUAGCGUUUUUUGA